AUGGCACAAACAUUACCGCGAAAACUACUGGUGGCAGGGGGGACCGGCUUUCUCGGUUUAAGCAUUUGUAAAGCGGCGGCAUUGAAGGGAUGGGAUAUUGUCAGUCUAAGUCGUAAAGGAAAACCUACCAGUAUCUCUUCUCAAAACGCUCCUUGGGCUGACAAGGUUACUUGGGAAACGGGCGAUGCCUUGGAGCCGGAGUCCUACAAACACUUACUGCCAGGAGUGACCAGUGUUGUACACAGUGUGGGUAUUCUCCUGGAACAGGAUUACAAGCACGUCGCGCAGUCUCAAUCUCUGUGUGGCGUACUCAGUGGUGCGGCCGGUGUCGUGGCGGAAAUGACAGGCAUGAAAGAUAGAGGCAAUCCAUUAGAUCCUAACCAAGAAAACCACCAAAUGACAUAUGAAAGAAUGAAUCGAGAUACAGCCAUCGAAUUGGCCAAAGCGGCAGGUAAAGAAUCUUCCACCAUGGAGUCUUUUGUCUACAUCUCGGCAAGUGAUCUCUUUCCCAUGAUCAACCCUCGCUAUAUCACCACCAAACGUGAAGCGGAGAAAUUCUUGUUCUCAAGACCUGAAUAUCGCUCCAUUAUUUUGAGACCAGGAUUGAUGUACAGCGCUGAUCGUCCUGCCGCGAUUCCCUUGGCGAAUGCGAUCAAAGCCGCCAACUGCGUCACUGCACCUUUAGCAAGAGACAUUGCAAGCUUUCCGCUCGGAAAAUUGUUGACAACCCCUCCUCUGCAUAUUGAUGUUGUCGCUGCCGCCGUGGUGGCCUCGAUUGAAUCAAAGCAAAAGGGAAUCUUUGAUGUGGCUGGUAUCCAAGAAAUGGCUCGGCAAUAUUAG